AUGGAGGCUUCCGGCAAAACGACCGCCCUUGAAACGAUGGACAUGGAGGUCAAUCGCAGGGAUCCACAGAUCUCACAGGACGGCGGAACAGCGGGGGACGACGAUGAAAUGACUCGCAUGGGAAAAGUUCAAGAAUUUAAGAGAAAUAUGCGACCACUGGCGGCAUUAAGUUUCGCUUCUGUCCUUCAAGCAACCUGGGAAUAUCUCAUUCUUUCGAACUAUACGGGACUGGAGGAUGGCGGGUUGGCUGGACUUUUCUGGUCAUAUAUCUGGACCUUUAUUGGAUUCGGAUUCAUCAUUGCCUCACUCGCAGAAAUGGCAUCAAUGGCCCCGACGGAUGGAGGACAAUACCAUUGGGUGUCGGAGUUUUGCUCUCCUCGACACCAGAAGUUCCUGAGCUAUGUUACCGGCUGGAUGUCAGUACUAGCAUGGCAAGCUGGAACCGCUUCUGGAUCCUUUCUCACGGGCACAUUGAUUCAAGGCUUGAUUACGGUUCGUAAUCCAGAUUAUACUGCCCCGGGCUGGCAGGGUACCCUGCUUGUGUUUUCCAUGGUCUUGGUAAUCUAUUUCUUCAAUGUGUAUGCUUCAGAGUUGAUGCCUCUCAUGAGCAAUCUUCUGAUGUUUUUCCAUAUUCUAUCAUGGGCUGUGAUAUUGAUUAUGCUUUGGGCUACAGCUUCUCACCGGUCUGCCGAAGCUGUUUUUGUCACUGACUGGAAGAACAUAGGAGGGUUGCCGACCAUGGGCGUUAGUGUUAUGGUUGGGCAGAUCUCGGCUAUCUAUGGUUGUCUGAGCUCGGAUGCGUGUGCCCACAUGUCUGAGGAAAUCAAAGAUGCUGGUCGAAAUGUCCCAGUGGCUAUGUAUUGGGGCUACUUUUCGAACGGAAUUAUGGCUGCUAUCUUACUAGUCGCCUAUCUGUUUGCUACCCCGUCAGUGGAAGACUCGCUAGAUGAUGCGUCGGGAUUCCCAUUGCUUUACGUGUUCAAGCAGAUGACGUCUACCGCAGGAGUGAACGGUUUGACAGCGAUCAUCAUAUUACCCGUGAUAUUCAGUAAUAUCAUGUUUAAUGCAUCAACCUCACGGCAAACAUGGGCUUUCGCUCGGGAUAAGGGUCUUCCAUUUUCAAAGUGGAUCUCGAAAAUUGAUCCCAAGCGCAUGAUCCCCGUUAAUGCUAUCAUAUUAUCAUGCGUCAUCAGUUGCCUUCUCUCCCUGAUCAAUAUUGGCUCCAGCACUGCCUUUAACGCCAUCAUCUCCUUGAACACGGCCGCACUGAUGUUCACUUAUCAGUUUUCUAUUUCGUGUGUCAUCUACCGGAAGAUCUGGUAUCCUAAAACUCUCCCUGCUCGUCGUUGGGAUCUGGGGCGCUUUGGCUUGCCCAUCAAUAUAAUCGGAGUGCUAUAUUGUUUCUUUGCAAUGUUCUGGUCUUUUUGGCCAACGGAGCUACCCAUCACAGCCGAGAAUUUCAACUGGAGUGUUGUAAUAUUCGUUGCAAUAUUUAUCCUCAGCCUCGUGAUGUAUGUUCUAAAAGGAAGAAAGGAGUACGAGGGCCCAGUGGUAGAAGUCAAGCAGGGUUGA